GAGAACAACGCGAUGAGAGCGGUCGUAGGCGUUGGUUUGUGAAGAUGGCCACUGUGAGCACCGCGGGGCUGCUGAGAGUGGCGGACUGCACGUUCAUUGGCAAGACGGAAUUUUUUGAUCCCGCGCUGGUGUAUUUAUCGAACUCUCUCACUCUUCAGGGUGGAGCGCAGUGGCGUGUGGAGGGCAACAACGUGAGUUCUGCCUCAGUAUUAAGUAUGCCACGUUCUCAGCAGAAAAUUAAGCUGUCGGGCAGCGGCACCACUGUGGUGCUUGCACACAACCGUCAGGUGGAAGGAAGUGCAGUCUUUGCCAAACUUCUUCCACCGAACACGAUUGUGGAGUCACCCGCGCGAUUUGUGGUGGGGUGCAACCUGCACGAGGAGGGGAAGGAGGUGUCGUACGACGAUGUGUUUCCGGAGGGCGUGGUGGUGUUCGGGUGCGGCACAUGCAACGACGAUGCGGCGUGCUACAUGCCUGGGACGGAGUCGGUGGACCGCGGCUCGUGCUCGUGCAGCUGCAGGGACGGAUGGCAUGGCGCGUCGUGUCUUCCCCUCGAGGUGCUCGUCACUGUUGUGCCGCCCUUGCCGGAGAGAGCCGUUGACGGCGACACGAGCUGCGUGGUGAACCAGACGCUGACGAACCUCACGCUGAACAUGUGGAAGACGCACCACUGCUACGUCGGUGUGACAUUCAACGGCGUGGGUGCUGCGCUGAAGUUUUUUUUCAACGGUAUGCCGCUGCAUUUCCCCAUCAAUAUCACGCUCACUGGGUGCACAUUCCGUGGCGGUGCCGCGCUGCAGUUUGUUGGGGGUGCUGAGGCGGCCGAGUCAGCCGGCGUCCUGAUCCGCGUGAGCCAGACGGUGAUGCGGUCCUCCGCCGUUGCUUUUGCACUCGCCCUCCCGCAGCACUGCGACAUCGCCGUCACGGAGGUUGAUGCGUUGCACUCCUCCGCGGUCCAUUUGCCGGACACAGUGAACAACAAGCUGAGCGUUGUGCUGCUGCAGAAUGUUGUGUUGGCUGCGUCCUCGCUGUUGGUCAGCAACGUCAAUGCGCAUUCCUUGAGGUACGGUGGGUUUGGUUUGUACUCGGUCGGGACGCUGACGCUGGUGGAGGGCAGCUCGCUGUACACGCGUUACUGCAGCUUUGAUGGGUACAAACACCUGUUCUACGUGUACAGGCUCAGUGUCCGCAAUCACUCUGUUUUUGCGCUGCUCAACAACACGAUGUCCACCGGGGCAAGCCUUCUUUUUCAGUACCAAGAAUUCAGCGUGUCGGAUCACAGCGUGUUGCGCGUGGUGGGGAACAGCGUUUUUUCAUUCUAUGCUAUUUACGCGAACAAGUUGUGGAUUGUUGAGCAGUCAAGCUGGUUGGAUUGGCGCGACAACGACGUGGGAUUGGGUGCGAUUUUCAAUGAUUUUGAUUCCACCUUUGUGAGCAUUGACAGCAGCAGUGGCGUGACGCUGACGGGCUGCAAGAUGGGCUCGACGGGGUUGUCGGAGUCUCUGCUGUCGCAGGCUGACGCUGGCUACCGGUUUGUUGCUGGGUGCCUGACGUUUGCGGGACGUUUGCUGACGACGGCGGCAGAGCUGGAACUGAGCGGCAUCACCAACGUGACGACGGUUGCUGCGUGCGGGGAGUGCACGAAGGACGGCGAAUGCUUUGCUUUGCUGACGACGGCGGUCAUUGACUGCGAGUGCCAGUGCGCUGCUGGAGGGCACGGCGAUGUGUGUGUCCCGGCGCCUGUGCCUGCUGGCCCGCCGCCACCGCCCACGCCGCCAGUGCCGCCCACGCCGCCACCGCCGCCGGUUGGUGAGUGCAUCAGCGACAUGGUGUACCCCGAGGUUGCGCAGUCAGUGGGCGGCGGGCUGUCGUGGCUGUGCUACCGCAACGUGACGUUCAGCGGGGGCGGCAUGAGCCUGACGGUGCUGGUUGGGGCGAUGACGGGCGACGUGGCGAAUGUCACGUUCGAUGGAUGCACGUGGAGGGACGGUGCCGUGCUGGCGCUGUUGGGCAACGCAGACGCUGCCGUGGGGUCGCUGAACAUUGUCGUCACCGGCAACACGUUUCGUGACGC